AUGGCGCCCGGCUGCAAGACUGAAUUACGCAACAUGACGAAUACUCAGUCUAACCAGUCAAGUAAUGAAGGUGAUGCCAUCAAAGUCUUUGUGCGAGUUCGUCCGCUGGCGGAAGGCACUGGAUCAGCUGAGGGAGAGCAAAGCCUGUGCUUGUCUGCACUCUCCUCCACCACGCUUCGGCUGCACUCCAACCCCGAGCCCAGGAUCUUCACGUUUGACCAUGUUGCAGACAUGGAUGUCACUCAGGAGUCUGUGUUCUCAGCUGUGGCCAAGAGCAUUGUGGAAUCAUGUAUGAGUGGUUACAAUGGUACCAUCUUUGCAUACUAAAAAAAUUUAAAUUGCUUAUUUCUUCUUUUUUUAGGGCCAUCUGAAUCUGAUAACUUUUCCCAUAACCUGAGAGGAGUAAUCCCACGAAGUUUUGAAUAUUUGUUUUUCUUAAUUGAUCGUGAAAAAGAGAAGGCUGGAGCUGGAAAGAGUUUUCUUUGUAAGUGCUCCUUUAUCGAGAUCUACAACGAGCAGAUCUAUGACUUGUUGGACUCGGCAUCUGCUGGACUGUAUUUGAGGGAGCACAUCAAGAAGGGAGUCUUCGUUGUUGGCGCAGUAGAGCAAGUGGUCACCUCAGCGGCAGAGGCCUAUCAGGUCUUAUCUGGAGGAUGGAGGAACCGGCGCGUGGCAUCAACGUCGAUGAACAGAGAAUCCUCUAGGUCUCACGCAGUCUUUACGAUUACAAUAGAGUCAAUGGAGAAGAGCAGUGAGACCGUGAACAUAAGGACCUCCCUCCUCAACAUGGUGGAUUUGGCAGGCUCUGAAAGGCAGAAGGAUACCCACGCAGAAGGGAUGAGGUUGAAGGAAGCAGGUAAUAUAAACCGCUCCUUGAGCUGCUUGGGCCAGGUGAUCACUGCGCUCGUUGACGUGGGCAACGGGAAACAGAGACAUGUUUGCUACAGAGACUCCAAACUCACCUUCCUGCUCCGGGAUUCCCUCGGAGGUAAUGCGAAAACAGCCAUCAUUGCAAAUGUGCAUCCUGGGUCCAGGUGUUUUGGGGAAACCCUGUCGACACUUAAUUUUGCACAAAGAGCCAAGCUGAUUAAAAACAAGGCGGUGGUCAACGAAGACACCCAAGGAAAUGUGAGCCAGCUGCAGGCUGAGAUAAAGAAGCUCAAAGAACAACUGGCCCAGCUGACCUCAGGGCAGAUAAGACCAGAAAGCUUUGUGACCAGGGACCAUGACAAGAAUAAUUAUGUGAUGUAUUUUUGUGAGGCCAUGUUAUUCUUGAAGAAGUCUGAACAGGAAAAGAAGGCUCUGAUAGAAAAGGUUACCCAGUUGGAAGAUCUCACCCUUAAAAAGGAGAAAUUCAUCCAGUCUAAUAAAAUGAUCGUCAAAUUCCGAGAAGAUCAAAUAAUGCGUCUGGAGAAGCUGCACAAGGAAUCUCGGGGACGCUUUCUACCCGAUGAGCAGGACCGUUUGCUCUCGGAAUUGAGAGAUGAGAUUCAGACGCUUCGAGAGCAAGUAGAGCACCACCCCAGGGUUGCAAAGUAUGCGAUGGAAAACCAUUCCCUCCGGGAGGAGAACAGAAGACUGAGAUUAUUAGAACCUGUGAGGAAGGCUCAAGGAAUGGACGCUCAGACCAUUGUAAAACUAGAGAAAGCCUUCUCCGAGCUGUGUGACACAGAGAAGAACAACAAAGGUCAGCAAAGUUUCUCUCCUAAAGUUUCAAAAGAAUCAUGUUCGUUGGAAAACACGGAGAAGUUAGAAGCUCAGCUCCUGCAAAUUCAGACAGAGCGGAAUAAUUUAAAGCAAGAAUAUGAAGAAUUCAAAGAACUGACAAGGAAAAAGGAGCUAGAAAAGGAAUCCGAGAUUCAGUCUUUGCAGAAAGCAAACUUCAAUCUUGAAAGUCUUUUGGAAGCAACCAAACUCUGCAAGAGGCAAGAAGAAGUUUCUCAGUUGAACAAAAUUCACGCGGAAACGCUUAAGAUUAUAACUACACCAACCAAGGCCUAUCAGCUUCGGUCUCGACCAGCUUCACGAUUAAGCCCAGGAAUGGAAAGCUUUGUCCCUACGUCUGCUCAGAGUGCUGGUAAAUUAGAAGACAGUAUUUUCAAUGAGCCAAUUCCACCUGAGAUGAGUGACCAGGCUUUUGAGGCCAUUUCUGAGGAGCUCAGAAUGGUGCAGGAACAAAUGAACUCUCUACAAGUCAAGUUGGAUGAAAAAGAUCAUAAAGUUGUGAAGCUUCAGCAGCAUAUUGACAAACUGGAGCACCAUUCCACACAGAUGCAGGAGCUUUUCUUAUCAGAAAGAACUGACUGGACCAAACAACAGCAGGAGUACCUCUCACAGCUGAAUACCUUUGAAAAGGAACUUGAAGACACAAGAGCUAAGAAUGACUUUUUGAAAAGUGAGGUACACGACCUUCGAGUAGUUCUUCAUUCUGCAGACAAGGAGCUGUCUUCAGUGAAGAUGGAGUAUGGUUCAUUCCGAGAAAUCCAGGAGAGAGAACUCAGCCAGCUUUCGGAAAAACACAUGCACGUACAGCUCCAGCUAGAUAAUGUCAGGCUAGAAAAUGAAAGACUUCUGGAGAGAAAAGCCUGUCUACAGGAUUCUUAUGACAACUUACAAGAAGAAAUGAAGUUCGAAAUUGACCAACUUUCAAAAAAUCUGCAAAACUGCAAAAAAGAGAAUGAAGCCCUGCAAUCCGAUCUGAAAAAUUUGAUGGAACUUUUUGAGGCAGAAAAAGAACGCAAUAACAAACUAUUAUUACAGUUUGAAGAAGAUAAAGAAAACAAUUCUAAAGAAAUUUUACAAGUUCUUGAGACUGUACGUCAGGAAAAACAGAAAGAAAUGGCCAAGUGUGAGGAGCAGGUGGCCAGAGUACAGAAGCUAGAAGAGAGUUUGCUUGCUUCUGAAAAAGCAGUCAGCGCUCUGGAGAAAUCCAGAGAUGCUGACAAGGAAGUUAUAACUGAUCUCAUGAGUCAGGUCCAAGAACUGAGGACAUCACUCUGUGGGAAAACGGAAACCAUGGACACCCUGAACCAAGAACUCAAGGACAUUAAUUGCAAGUACAAUGCUGCUUUGACUGACAGAGAAGAGAAUAAAAUAUUGAUUAAGAGACAGGAAGUGGAGAUUUUGGAUCUGAAAAAGUCUCUUCGACUGAGAAAACUCUCUGAGGACAUCGAGAGGGAUAUGCUCUGCGAGGACUUGGCUCAUGCCACAGAGCAGCUGAACAUGCUCACAGAGGCCUCCAAAAAGCACCUGGAACUGCUGCAGUCUGCUCAGGAAGAGCUGACCAAAAAGGACGCCCUGAUCCGGGAACUGCAGCACCGGCUGGAACAAAAAGGAGAGGAAGUAGAACAAAAGAAGAACGAAUACAACUUUAAAAUGAGACAGCUGGGGCACGUGAUGGAGUCUGCUGCCGAACACCCCCAGAGCCCUAAAACACCACCUCACUUUCAAACACAUUUGGCAAAACUCCUGGAAACACAAGAACAAGAGAUAGAAGAUGGAAGAGCGUCUAAGGUCUCCUUGCAGCACCUCGUAACCAAGCUUAACGAAGACAGAGCAGCCAAGCAUGCCGAAAUCCUCAAGAUGAAGGAGCAGUUGUGUGAAAUGGAAAAUCUACGUCUGGAGGCUCAGCAGUUAAGAGAGCAAAACUGGCUCCUUCAAGGUCAGCUGGAUGAUAGUCGAAGACAGAAGGACAGCAGUGACCAGAAUCACCCAGAUGAUCAACUGAAGAAUGAACAAGAUGAAAUUGUGCAAGAAAGACUUGCAAAAAAUAAAAUAGCUGAAGAAAUGAUGAAGAUGAAAUCACACCUAGAAGAAGUCCAGAGUGCCCUUCAGAGCAAGGAGAUGAGCUACGUUCAGAUGGCCGAGGAAUUGGAGCGGACCAGGACUUUGGAGUCUAAAGCAUUCCAGGAAAAGGAACAGCUGAGAUCCAAACUGGAGGAAACAUAUGAAGAAAAGGAAAGAGCACUGCAGGAGACGGAAAUGUUAAGGAAGCAGAUGGAAUGUCUCGCCGAGGAAAAUGGGAAGCUUGUGGGUCACCAGAACCUCCACCAGAAGAUCCAGUAUGUGGUGCGGCUCAAGAAGGAGAACGUCAGGCUGGUGGAGGAGACAGAAAAGUUGCGGGCUGAAAAUAUAUUUUUAAAAGAAAAGAAAUGA